CAACAACAAUGGAGAAUUACAACAUAGUGAUGCAUUUUGGCAAUGAGAGUGUACACAAUGAUUCCAUGGAAACAACACCAUCCCCUCCUAUAAACCAGCCUCGGCCAACACUACAAGACAUUCUGAACCAGCACUGGGAGUAUCGCUUUGCCCAGGCUUUUGGUUUAUAUGUAUUCCCCAUUGUCAUUUUUCUGGGAACCAUUGGAAACAUAUUAACUUUUAUAGUUCUAUGCAGACAUUCCAUGAGAACAACUUCCACCUGCAUUUACAUGCAGGCCAUUGCAGUCCUGGAUUUAGCCGUGCUGUAUAUUAAUGCUUUCAGGAGGUGGCUGACAAUUCUGAAUGAAGGUACAGACAUUUCCACCAGAAGUCAAGCUGCCUGCAUAACCAUUCAUUUUUUUUCUUACUUCACCUACCACUAUUCUGUCUGGUUAGUGGUGGCAAUGACAGUGGAGAGAUUUAUUGCAAUUCAUUUUCCUCUAAAAGCUGCCCAAAUGGCCACAAUCUCAAGAGCAAGAAAGGUAACGAUACUGCUUUUUAUCAUUUUUGUUGCCAUUAACAGUCAUAUAUUUUGGACAGUGACCAUUGAUGAUCGUGAAUUCUGCAUCCCUGAAAAGGAAUACGAAGAUUUUCAUGACAAUGUGAUGCCAUGGUUGGAUGCUGCCAUUUAUUCAUUUGCUCCUUUUGUCGUGUUGCUAACGUUUAACAUUUUAAUCAUUUAUGACAACAGGAAGGCUACUCUAAGACGACGUUCCAUGCGGAGCCAGAAUCAAAGAAAUAACAGAACAGAUUCCAGACAGCAAUUUCACCAAAGACUAACGGCCAUGUUGCUUUCCGUCUCCUUUACAUUUCUAGUGUGCACUAGCCCUAAAGUUAUCUUCAUGUCCAUUAGAGAGAGUGCUUUUCAGUUCAUUGUUGAUGGAAAAGUGAAUUACCAUGGUUAUGCCUCAUAUCUAAUGGCUUCUCGUAUAUCUGACUUUUUUGUGUAUUUAAAUCAUUCCAUAAACUUUUUCCUGUACAGCAUUCAUGGACAGAGAUUUAGACGAGAGCUAAAGAAAGUAUUGUGCUGUGCUAGAGGUGGAUUAAGAAGGCUUAGCACAAUCUCUCAGAGCCUGGAUGGAGUUGUUAAUAGUCGUGUAACAACUGACACAUUUACGUUAAGCAGCUAUCGUACAAGGAACAGCUCUGGCAUUGUUAAUCAUAAUCCAGCUUAUAACAUCACAGACAAUGACGAGUGAAUUCUUUUGAAACUUUGCAUCGAGAAAUAUAAUUCUGCUUGCUUUCUAUGGUUUCUUAUCAAUAAUUUUACGGGACAUAUUGCUUCUUUUACAGCUAAAUA